CAAAUUGCUAAAUGGCUGGAAGUUUGUCAAAGUGAUGGAAAACGUUAAUUUGGAAGGCAAUAUUGACGUCCCUCCGCAACCUAGUCCGCAGAAUUUAACAAAAAGAAAAUCGCCGAUAAAUUCACAUCCCAAAAGAAGCUAAAAAUUAAUCGAAUUAAACUAGUCUCAAGGAAGUGAUGUGAAGUGAAAAUGAUAGCUUCCCUUAAAAGAAUUAUGUCAAUUUCAUUGUCAAAUGCGUCUGCUCGGGAGUGGUUCAUGAAAACCCGACAAAGUGUGCAGCCAUGGUCCGAGUUUGUCAACACCAGCAAGUUCAAGAUUCCCAAAACACUGUCGCCCAUUCCCAAGAGGCUUGUGAAAAACAUUGAGCACUUCCAAGGAAACUAUCUUUUUGUCUUCCUCGGUUUAGUCGUAUUUUGCAUAUUGACCUCACCAUUGCUAUUGGUUGCAAUUGCUGCUUGUCUGGGAGCGUGUUAUAUCCUGAGCCUGAAAAACCAGUCACAGAAAAUUACAAUUUUAGGUCGUGAGGUGAGCCUCACCCAACAGUACAUGGGCGUGGCCACUCUGUCUUUCCCCCUGUUCUGGUUAGCCGGUGCUGGGUCAGUGGUAUUCUGGAUAAUUGGUGCUUCGUUCUUUGUGGUGAUCGUUCACGCGUCCAUGUAUCUGACAGCAGAGGAGGCGGAGGAGAUAGAACUCAUCGACAUGGAGGAGAUCGCAGUUGGUGAAUAAAUGUCAGGAAUAAAUGUAAGAACAGGGAGAAUGCGACUUCAGUGAAACUUGUUCUAGAAUUCAGUAUAACUGGUACAUUUAGGGGGUCAGUUACACAGAUUUCAAGGAACUUUUCCGAUGGUGUUAUACAGUAUUAAAUAUGGCUGAUUUAUUCAAGUGGCCAGUUACACAGAUUUCAAGGAACUUUUACGAUGGUGUUAUACAAUAUUAAAUAUGGCUGAUUUAUUCAAGUGUCUUGUUACACAGGUUUGGAGAAACUUUUCCGAUGGUGUUAUACAAUAUUAAAUAUGGCUGAUUUAUUCAAGUGGCCAGUUACACAGAUUUCAAGGAACUUUUCCGAUGGUGUUAUACAAUAUUAAAUAUGGCUGAUUUAUUCAAGUGUCUUGUUAAACAGAUUUCAAGGAACUUUUCCGAUGGUGUUAUACAAUAUUAAAUAUGGCUGAUUUAUUCAAGUGUCUUGUUACACAGGUUUGGAGAAACUUUUCCGAUGAUGUUAUACAAUAUUAAAUAUGGCUGAUUUAUUCAAGUGGCCAAUUACAUAGGUUUCAAGGUACUUUUCCGAUGGUGUUAUACAAUAUUAAAUAUGGCUGAUUUAUUCAAGUGGCCUUUUUACACAG